AUGUCCACUAAGAAGGAUAUGCGAAGGCCGGACCUGGUCGUCCCGUACCAGGAGCCCGCGCCCAAGUCCGGCGAUAACGCCGAAAUCUCCUCGACCCUCUCAUCCACACUCCCCAUGGCCGCCAUAUUUACGCGGAACAGGUAUAUCGGUUGGGCCUCGGUCGUCAUCAGCAUCCAGAACUGGCUCGGCGAGAGUGAGGAGACCAGUAAGAGCAGCGCCAGCACUCCCGGGUACUUCACCAUUGGCAUGUCAGCCAUGGCCCUCGCCGUAACCUACCUUCCGAUGUUUCUUCCGCCGCCGCCGAACCAAGCCACCAGCACCGGGCCCGCCGCCCCAGCCGCUGCUUAA